AUGGGGGGACCCUAUAUGCCUAGAACUGCCUCACUUGGGGGUCGACCAACAAUUUCCCUCGAUGUCCCAAUAUGCUCCGUCUUCCUCGCUCUUUUCAUCACUGGCGCUGCCUGUCAUAUGACCCUGUUCCGUCGCAACCUCGCAAGGGGCCACAAGUUCGUUCCAUCGGCCGCAACGUUCGGUUUCUGUAUGUCGCGUAUUAUCGCAAAUAUCAUUCGCAUCGCCUGGGCCUGUUACCCGACAAAUGUUAGAAUCGCGAUUGCAGCACAAAUAUUCGUCGCAGCGGGCGUGUUGGUGCUUUUCAUCUUGAAUCUACUAUACGCACAGCGUAUGGUCCGAGUUGUCUACCCAGUGCUGGGAUGGUCCCGACCAGUAUCAUGGGCGUUCAAAGUACUGUAUGCUCUUGUUGUGGUGACCAUCAUCAUGGUCAUCACUUGUGUUAUUCAGACUUCAUAUACUCUCAACUCAAACACCCUUCGCAUCGAUCGCGACAUCAUGAUCUAUGGUCAGACCUACUUCUCCAUCGUCUCGUUCAUACCACUUCCUCUUGUCUUCUUUGUCCUUCUUUCUCCAAACAGAAAGCAAAUUGAACAAGUUGGUUCGGGUAGCUGGGUCGUCAAAAUAUUCCUGGUCGGACUGGUCAGCGCAUUGCUCUGCCUCGGCGCGUCUUUCCGUGCCGCUACCUCAUGGAUGCCACCUCGCCCUAUCACGAACCCAGCCUGGUAUCACAGCAAGGCUUGCUUCUAUAUCUUCAACUUUACUAUUGAUAUUGUGGUUGUAGCGAUCUUCUUCGUGGGUCGUGUUGACCAGCGAUUCUGGAUUCCGAAUGGAAGCUCGAAAGUGCGUCACUACAGACGAGAUGAGAGUAGUGAGAAAAACGUGCAAGCCACGCAGGAUCUCGAGAGUAUCAGCGUGUCUGAGGACAUGACUGAAGAAACAAAGUAA